GCGGCUGUUUGCGCAUGCACGUGAAUUUCAGUUUUUGUUUGUCCAGUGUCCGUCUAAGUCUAAUAUUUUUGUGCCUGAAUGUGUGUGCAUUUUGGUAUUUUUUGUGGUGUGCGUGUGUAUUCUGCGUGAGUGAGUUAAGGGUUGCGUGUGCACGGACUUUUGUGAGUUUGUGUGUCUCCGUGUUUCUUAGCGAUUGUGCAUGUAUGUAUGUUUUUGCUUGUGUAAACGUGUAUGUUUUGUGUGUAUUCUAUGUUUACUUUUUUCUUCUGUGCAUGUUUGUGCCCGCGUUGCUCGGUGUGACGUCAAGUUGAUUCAACUUCUUCCGGUAAGUUAAUUCGACCUCCUAGAAUGCAGCGCGCCAUCAACUUCCGGUUGCGCUCCACUAAACACUUCCUGGAUUACUCGAUACACGCUCCGAAAGCAACGGCACCCAUCACAACUUCAAACGGGACCAAGAGAAAGAUGGAGUCAUGUGACAGCCAGCGAAGCAAGCGUGUGCAUUGACCAAGGUUGACCACCCAGCAGCCCGGUCCCGGUCGGUGGCGGCCCAUACGCUGCCAUGGACAGCCGAUGCAGCAGCAGCACUGACUCUCGUGUGACGGGGGGAUACGGGGCCAGGAGCUCCACGUCCCUCCAGGCCCACAUGGACUCGUACAAGGAGGAGAAGACAAAUUGCAUCUCGGACGUCAGGCGGACCUUCUGCCUCUUUGUUACCUUCGAUCUUUUGUUUGUCACCUUGCUGUGGAUCAUCGAGCUCAACGUGAACGGUGGCCUUCCCGAACAGCUGAACCGAGAAGUGGUCCACUACGACUACCACGCCUCCUUCUUUGACAUCUUUCUUCUGGCAGUCUUCCGAUUUGCUGUCCUCAUCUUGGCCUACGCCGUCUGCAGGCUGAGUCAUUGGUGGGCGGUGGCUAUCACCACUGCCGUCAGCUGCGCUUUCCUCAUCGGCAAAGUGAUUUUUUCAAAGCUGCUGUCCCAGGGUGCUUUCGGAUACCUGUUGCCCAUCAUCUCCUUUGUACUGGCCUGGAUCGAAACCUGGUUGCUGGACUUCAAGGUUCUUCCUCAAGAAGCCGAUGACCAAAACCGCUACCGGUGCCCGCCGGAUGCCACCGCCGCAGAGCGAGCUCCUCUCUUCGCUCCCGGCCCCAUGUCAGACGGCCAGUUCUACUCGCCGCCCGAUUCGGUGGCAGACACGGAUGAGGACCUGGAGGACAAGCGCUGACUUUUGUGACAUCUCGGGUAACGCCAAUGCAUGCCCGCGGGAGUGGAGCGGAGGCGCAGUGAUUGGUUUUAUUUGCUUUUAAUUUUUUUUUUGCUUGUCCGAACAGGAAGUUUUGUGCACCAGCUUUGAAGGGAAAACUUUGCCUUAUACUUGCACAUACACGCGCACGCACAUAGACUCAUGAUUUUCCUUCUGGGCUUUCACACGAGGUAGUGAAAACGUAUUCGCGGCCAGUAGGACAAUGUAUUUGCGGUUCUCAGACAAAAUGGGAACCAAAUGUCCAUGAAAAGUGAUGCCUUUCAAAAUAAAAGUCUGCCUGAGUCAACUGUCAAUAAGAGCAAUCAUACAAAACCACAGUCAUAGACUAAAGGAUGCACACCACGCUUGCAUUAUUUCACGUCCCCGGAGGAGCCAUUCAGGAGGAACUAUUGGCAGGACGAGGCUUUGCAAUGGCGUUUGACGCAGACGUCACUGAAGCGGAUGCAAACCCGCCUGACGACACCGCUUGAUGCUUCAAGUUCAAAACGGGUACUUUCCCUCCCAAGCAAUCCGCUCGCCCGCCUGGGAUUUUCGAGCCGGCUCUUUUCUUGCUCAGUCAAAUUUUGUCCAAUUAGUUUUGGACAUAGGAGAACACCUGUAUGCAGUACGAGAAUUGCUAAAUAAAGUGGGGAAAAAAUGUCA